CCUUUUGCAGGAACCGAAAGGUGCGAUGUGACCGUCAGCUACCAUGCAAGACCUGCACGAACAGGGGGAUUGGCUUAUCCUGCACUUACGAGGUAGGCUGUACAAGCCGGGGCAAAAGCAAAGUCAGCGUCAGGGAUCGCAUUCAGCAGCUAGAAGAUCUCGUUCAUUCCCUAGCUAGGCAGCAGCAGACGCCAGUUGUGCAUGCCGACAGCCUCGUUCGAGAGUCUUCAGAUCCUCCAUCCCGGCAGAGUAUCUCUACGAUCCCACUAACAACACCUGACGAGGAAACGCCCGUGGCAGCUUCAAAAAAUACGCCUAUAUCGCAGAGCAAGGACAGUACUGAUCCCCCCAGAGCCUCAGAGCCUGGCAGCAUGCGUCUGAAUUCACACGGUGUUGGUGCCAGCUACGUCGGGAGCGUGCACUGGACCGCCGUCCUCGACAGUAUCUCUGAGCUUAGAGACCAUUACGAGGAGCAAGAGGAAGCUCGGCUACUGGCCACCAAUGAUCAUUUAUUUCUCCAUAGUCCUGGACCUAUGCUGCUAUAUGAGCCGGUUCAGACCACAAAAGCUGAUCUUCUUGCCUCAAUUCCGGCCAGGCCCGUUGUUGAUCGAAUGGUCGCAAGGUACUUUAACACACAAGGUGUUGUACCAAGCAUACUUCACAGUGGGCGUUUUCUUCAAAAGUAUGAUAAGUUCUGGCAGGACCCACCAGCCAUGCCGUGCAUUUGGAUCGGGCUCUUAUUUAGCACUAUGUGCGUCGCUACGCUAUGUCAACACUCAAUUGAUGACCCAACGGAUCCGAAAAUUCAAGGGCGAGUGCGCGUGUUUCGGGAACAGACUCUUCACAGCCUGAUACUAGGCCAGUAUACCAGAGGUGGGGAGUACGUACUCGAAACCUUGAUUAAUUAUCUCAUCUGUAUCAUCGUGCAGCUCGCCCUGAGUCAGGGCUAUCAUCGAGAUCCCCACAACUUCCCAAGCAUUACACCAUUUUCUGGUGAGAUGCGGCGGCGCGUGUGGGCAGUCAUUGUGCAGUUGGAUCUUCGUCUCUCGAGCCAGAUGGCGCUGCCAUGUGUGCUUAAGGCCCAGCAGUAUGACACAGCUGAGCCGCGUAACCUGCUGGAUACAGAUUUCGACGAAGAUACCAUCUAUUUACCCCCUUCGCGUCCCGAGACGGAAGUCACGCCUGUGCUAUACACCUUGGCUAAGGGGAGGAUAGAUAAGAUGAUGGGGCUGGUCAACGACAUUGUCAACGAUACCAAGGAGCAUCCGUACACAGAGAUCAUGGAGUUGGACCGGAAGCUGCAAGAAGCUGAAGCAUCGCUUCCGCCAAUUUUCAAAUGGCAGCCCCUUAGUCAAUCUUUCAUGGUGGCGCCUGAGAUCGUCAUGCACCGCGUGUUGCUCCAGCUCGCCAUACAAAGACUAACAAUCUGGCUUCACCGGAAGUAUCUCGCACCGCCCUAUACCCAGGCAUGCUAUCAACACUCACGCAAAGCUUGUGUCCAGGCGGCGAUCAAAGUUCUGGAAUUCCAGCAGAUAGUGCUCGAGGAAACACAGGGAGAUGGACUGCUGUAUCCUACAAGGUGGGCUAGGUGGAUGCUCCUGUCCUCCCGGCCGCGGGCAGUCUUUUUGCUAGGCGUGAGCAUUCUGUGUUACUAUGUGCAGCUGACCAAGUCGCGGCCGGAUGUUUCGCUGGACGAGAGCACAGGGUCAAAGAUCCACGGUCUGCUACGUAACGCGUACCCACUCUGGCUGCACUCUACCACAGUAUCUAGGGAAGCCAGGCGGGCGAUUGAUUAUCUAAGCCUCAGACUAGGGCUGCAGGAACAAGAGAUUGGCGUACCUCUCGCUGAUUCUACCGCCGACACGCCUCAGGAUACAGAUAUGUCGCUUGAUCAGUUUACUUGGGACGCAUACGAAGAAACUGAUGUUUUCUCAGAGUGUAUCGCUGGAUUUCCAACGACAGCAUCCAGUGGGGGUUUUAUGGGACUGGACUUAUCUUCAGCCACGAGCGUUUCAUCAUCGGAUUUGUUUUCAAUGAAUUUGGAGACCCCAGACUCGGCGACCGGGUAGACAGAAGAACCCUUUUACUCAUCGGGGAGAAAGAAACCUAUGACCUCUAACCUAGUUAAUGAGAAUAUUUAGCUAAAUUUAGG